CUCCCAGCCUCUUCCACUCGCUGAAGACACGGCAUUUUCCGGGAUCUCAGAUAAGCUUCCAAGGGCAUCCUUUUAAGAGAGUGCAUAACAGAAUAUAAUGUUUCCAUCAGGCUCUUGCCUUGGCAACAAUCUGCAGCCGUAAAGCGAGUUUAAUUCUCUGAGAGGAAGACUGGUGACAGCUAUCGCUUCACUGUGUACUGUAAUAUAUGAGAUUCUACCCUGAAAACCCUGGAGGUGGCAUUUGUCUGGUCUGGUUGUAAAUAGUGAUAUAGAUCACAAUGGAUUUCAGUUCCUCAUCCGUGUUUGACCAGCACAAAGCUGAUACAGCAGAAGAGAUCGACUUGGCUGUGGUUUAUCAAGCAGCAGCUAAUGGCGAUGUGAACACCCUGACUGCAGUGAUCCGAGAGGAUCCUUCCAUCCUGGAGUCUUGUGACAGAGAGGGUUGCACACCCUUGAUGCAUGCUGUGUCAGGACGCCAGGUUGACACUGUGAAGCUUCUGUUGAAGAUGGGAGCCAAUAUUAAUACUCAAGAUGCCUGUGGACGUACCAGUUUAUCUCUGGCAACUUAUUUGGGUUGGCUGGAAGGCUGUGUCAGCCUGCUCAGGAAUGGUGCUAAGCAGAACAUACCUGACAAAAACGGGAGGUUGCCACUACAUGCUGCCACUGCAGAGCCUGACGUGAGGCUUCUGAGCUUGCUUCUGCAGCAGUCAAAUCUUAGUGAAAUUAAUCACCAGGACAAUGAGGGAAUGACUUCACUCCACUGGGCUGCGUUCCACAACAGACCUCAGCACACCCAGACUCUGCUGCACAAGGGAGCAGACCCAACUCUGGUGGACAAGGACUUUAAAACAGCUCUGCACUGGGCAGUACAGAGUGGCAACAGGAUUUUGUGUUCCAUCAUUCUGGACCACUGGCAGGGACCAUCAAUAAUAAAUUAUGAUGAUGAGAAUGGCAAAACAUGCAUGCACAUUGCUGCCGCUGCAGGCUACAGUGAUAUCAUCAGUGACCUGGCUAAAGUCCCAAAGUGCAACCUGCAGGCCCUUGAUGUGGAUGACAGGACUCCUUUGCACUGGGCGGCAGCAGCAGGGAAAGCUGACUGUGUGCAGACGCUGCUGGAAUUGGGGAUAGACAGCAGCCCCCGAGACAUCAAUGAAAACACUCCUCUAACAUACGCAAUAUACUGUGGGCACACAGCAUGCAUUAAGCUGCUGUCUCAGGAGAGCAGUAGAUUUGAGUCAGUUCAUCAGUUUCCCUCCCAGAAAAGCAGACUUAUAAAGAAAGAAGGACGCUUCAGUAUGCUGAACCAGAUCUUCUCUUGCAAAAAGAAGAAAGAUGAUAUGAAAACCAGUCAGGAGAGAAGCAGGGAUCAAUAUCCUGGAGAAGAGACCUCAGAAGUAGAUGCUAUCAUCACCCGUUUUGAUUGCAUUAUAAAUAAAAAUUGCAAAGACAUUUCAGAUGAGUGUAAGACCACCCCUGACUUUAAAAGAAAGAGCACAGACACUAUGUACCUCACAGCAGAAAAGAAGCAAUCAGCAUGUCAGGGAUUCCCACCCAUCACCACCCAGAGCUUCCCUUCAAUCACUGCAGGCAAUUCCUUCCUAGCUGCUUCCCAAAGCAAAAUGUCAAGCUUCUCCUCCAGCUCCAGUACCUAUCCACACAAAUCUCAAAAGAGUAGGAGUGAGCACAACUUGCUGGAUAGCACAGGCAGCUGCCAGGCUUUGCUGGAUGAUCCCUGGAACACAGACUCUAACAAAAGACUCUCUUACAAAGUCUGUACUAGGACUUCUUCAGACAAACUGAUGAAUGGUUUAAACUCUGAUAGAUCUCACCAUGUGCUUUUAUGCCCUCCCUGCCUUCCCUCACUUCCCACUUCUCCAUCAGGUAGAAGUUUUCAGCGGAUGUCUAUAGGCCAAUACAAAAUGAAAAAUGUUAUUCCUGUACAGAACAGCCUAGCUCCAAUACCCAACCACAGUGCCCACAAAAUUCAGCUACCAUCUCAGAAUGCUAAGUUUAAAUCCCUACGAACUGGUGCAGUUAUUCUCCCAUCAGCUCCAAUCGCCAGAUCUUCAAAAACAGGACAUUCUCAGAGUCAUAUCCUCUAUUCUCUCUUGCCUGGUCUAUCAGGAGAGAAUCUAAAACCAAGCUGUGUCCUGCCUGCUAUCCCAAACCAGAAGAAAUCUAAUCCUGUAGAGGAGCUUGAGAAAUCACUCGCCAAAUCAGAUGCUGAAAAUUAACUCAGUACACUGGCCUAAAUUAGUUGAAAUAUGUCUAAGUGGUUAUUAAAAGACAAUUGUAUAGUUAAAUCUCAUUAAUUUGCACUAAUGAUACUCUUGUGAACUGGAGCAUAACAGAAACCAAGAUAAGAUAGCACAUCACAAAAGCUGCACUGUGUGUAUAUAUGUAUGCAUUUGCCUUAUAGUUUUAAUUUAAGAUGAAAUUGCUAAAUCAACAUUUAAUGUGAAGCAAAUUUAUUUUGUGAAUGGAACCCUCAUAAAGUGAUUUGUUGCAGCAAUGUGCUGUUAAGCUUUUCAUAGAAAAAAGGAACAAAGAGUAAGGUUUUCUGCAUGAUUUAAAAGUUGGAACUAGGGAAACAAAUUGACAGGGCUUCUCUGUGGUUUGUAAAUGCAAAGGUGCUGAUUCUGAUGCUGUGUGCCAUAAAAAACCAUAUUUUUAAGAUUAAGAAAAUAAAAUC